AUCAUUUCGUACCUAAGUUGUAUGGUACAGCACCUUCAGCUUUACACGACAUCUCUCCACAAUCGCCGGUCAGGGAAGCCGCCUCUUUACCCUUCAUUAUCCUCCUCUCAUCAUCUCCUGGCGAGGUUUUUGUCUCGUCAAAGCUUCUCUGUACCUUUUCCUCUCUCUCGCCCACACAUCCCUCAUUCGAUCCUGCUGGGAGCUUUUAAUCCUCGCCGACAACGGACGCCGGUCGCAAUUAACUAGCUCACGACUUCUUUACGGUCCGAAGACUAGAGCUGUGUCCCAUAAUCACGAUGCCGCAACCUCUUGCCUCUAAGGAGGCCUCGCUCUUCCGCUCCGUUAUUCGAUACUAUGAGGACAAGCAAUACAAGCGUGGUCUCAAGUCCGCUGAGCUUAUUCUCAAGAAGCAUCCGAAACAUGGAGACACCACUGCGAUGAAGGCCUUGAUUCUGAACUCUCAGGGCAAGACAGAAGAAGCUUUUGCAUUGGGAAAGGAAGCCUUGACCAUGGAUAUGAAGUCGCACAUCUGCUGGCACGUGUAUGGUCUGCUGCACCGGGCAAACAAGAAUUUCGAGGAGGCUAUCAAGGCGUACAAGUUUGCUCUGCGACUAGAGCCUGAGUCAGCACAAAUUCAGCGCGAUCUGGCUAUUCUGCAAAUUCAAUGCCGUGACUAUCAAGGAUACAUCCAAAGUCGAACCGCUAUGCUCCAGGCCCGACCUCAGAUGCGCCAAAGCUGGACUGCGCUCGCCAUUGCUCACCACCUUUCCGGAAACCCCGCUGAAGCUGAGAAGGUCAUGAAUACGUAUGAGGAAACCUUGAAAACAAAGCCCUCGAAAUUCGACAAUGAGCACUCAGAAGCAAUUAUGUACAAGAACUCUCUAAUUGCGGAGCAAGGAGACUAUGAACGGGCACUUGAGCAUCUAAACACGGCUGCUAAGCAAAAUCUUGAUCGAUUGGCUGUCAUGGAGGCUCGCGCCGAGUAUCUUCACAAGUUGGACAAGAAGGAGGAAGCUGCCAAGGCCUACCGGGCUCUCCUUGACCGCAACUCGGAGCACCCCGCAUACUACGAGAAGCUCUUGGAGGUCCUAGAGGUAUCGGAAGACGACUCGAAGGCUCGUAAGGCUAUCUAUGAUGAAUAUGCGGAGAAGUCCCCUCGUUGCGAUGCCGCGCGCCGGUUGCCGCUGGACUUUUUGUCAGGCGAUGACUUCAAGCAGGCUGCUGAGGCCUAUUUGACGUUGAUGCUUAACAAGGGAGUGCCAUCGACCUUCGCUAAUCUUAAGCAUCUUUACUCCGACUCAUUCAAGAAGGACACCCUCCGUGAACUGGCCAAGAACUAUUUGAACUCGCAGGGUGCUGAUUCGGAGAGCAAGGAUAAAGGAGAAGCGGCAGCACUGUACUACCUUGCACAGCACUACAACUACCAUCUCAGCCGCGACUUGACAAAAGCCAUGGAGUACGUCGAGAAGGCAAUUGAGAAGGACCCCAAGAGCGUUGAUUUUGCCAUGACCAAGGCACGAAUCAUUAAGCAUGGCGGAAACAUACAAGAAGCCUCCAAGGCAAUGGAUCGAGCCAGGAAGCUUGAUCUUAAGGAUAGAUACAUUAACACAAAAGCAGCCAAGUACCAGCUUCGCAACAACGAAAACGAUAAGGCUCUCAAGACAGUUGGGCUUUUCACUCGCGCAGAAACUGUUGGCGGUCCCUUGGCGGAUCUUUUGGAUAUGCAGAGUGUCUGGUUCUUGACAGAAGACGGCGAGGCAUAUGCUCGCCAAGGCAAUGUUGCCCUUGCUCUAAAGCGAUUCCAGCAAAUCUUCAACAUCUUUGAGGUGUGGCAGGAGGACCAGUUCGAUUUUCACAGCUUCUCUCUGCGCAAGGGCCAGAUCCGCGCCUACAUCGAUAUGAUGCGAUGGGAAGACCAUGUCCGUGAUCAUCCCUUCUUCUCAAGGGCCGCUCUGGAUGCGAUUGAAGUUUACCUCAAGUUGGCCGAUAAGCCUUCCGCAAAUGGUAUCAAUGGCGCCGAUGGAGAGGACGCUGAGGAUGCCCUGGCCAAGAAGAAGGCCGCCAAAAAGGCUAGAAAGGAGCAGCAACGUCUCGAAAAAGAGGCUGCCGAGUUACAAGCUAAGCAAGACCCUAACAAGGGCAAGGAUAAGGAUGGAGAAGUCAAGAAGCAGGACGACGAUCCUUUCGGACUGAAACUCGCCGAAACCACCGACCCUCUCGGCGAUGCCAUGAAGUUCGUUAACCCCUUACUACAAUUCAGCCCCAAGAACAUCAACGCCCAGUUCGCUGGCUUCGAGGUCUACAUGCGUCGCAAGAAGUACGUUCUUGCCCUACGCUGUCUCACAGCUGCCCUAGCACUUGACCCCAAGUCACCCAGGGUGCACGAGCAUACUGUAGCGUUCACUCAACUAUUGAAGACUGCGACAGACAUUGAGCCUAAGGUUCUGGAGGUGCUGAAGGCUGAGUUCAAAGCAGUCGAUCCUUCCACGGAUCUCGUCAAGUUCAACAACGAGUUCCUUGCUGCCAACAAGGGUAGCCCUAGACACGUUCUUUCCGCCAUCAAGGCACAGAGACUGUUGGGCCAGGAUAAGGCUAAGAGUGAGGAGGACGUUUCUGGCAUCUUGGAUAUCCCUGAUGUGACCUAUGAGGAUGCCGUCGAGGGGCUUCAGGUGCUUAAGGGCUGGAGGAGUUCUCAGGUGGAAGCAUACAAGAAGGCGGCCCAGGAGAAGUUCCCCGAUGUGACGAGACUCGCAUAAGGGGGCGUUGCUUACUUUCUUACUUGCUGAUACUCAAAAAGUUUGUGGGGGGUUCAGCACAUGACAUGAUGAUGCUGAAUGACAUUGGCCAUAUAGAUAGAUGCAUGCAACCGAGGCUGCGAUUCCGAGGUGUUCCAGUUCAGGUUAGAAAAAGGAGAAGGAAGGAGAAGGAAGGACAGUUUGGCGCAAGGAAUCACUCCGAAGAUGGCGGGGAAAUGGAGUUUUGGGAACAUGGGGAAAAGUUAAAGCAUCCAUCCAUCGUGUAGAACAAGCAUGCCGCUAUCAGCCUCAUUGGUCGAGUACAUUGGCUAAACAAGAAGAAGCCGUUAAUCUCAUCGGAUGCAUCCGG